CUCCCCCGCCCCUGUCCCGCCCGCUUCUGCGUCCUCCCCCCCCCCCCCCCGUGCCGCAUGGCUGGCCAUCUGGCCAAGUCGCCCCGGGCGACCGGCCUCCCACUCCGGCUGGACCCGGCGGCCAGCCUCCUGCUGCCGUCCGGUCUCCUGGGCCGCCGGCCUGGCGAUCCCCCGCCGGCCGCACUGGCCGGGUCCUCGGCUGGCGUGCGAAUUGGCCUCCGGCUGCCCGGAGGCGGGCUGCCCGACCGGGCGGAUGCCUCGCACGAUGCAUGCUCGCAUGCCCCCUCGCCGUCGGGCCAAACCACCAUCGGGGCCUUUUGCCCGUGUGCCCUCGGCCGGCAGGGCCCCGGGGCGCCUGACGUGGAGUCCUGUGCGGCUUGCUUUGCCGGGCGCUCGGUCGAUGCUUGGCUCGAUGCGUCUGCCGGCCAGGACUUGCCCGCCCCCGAGGGCGAUGAUGGGCCGCUGUUUACGGCCCGACGCGCCGAUGGGAUUCUGGACAUCCGGUUCGUUGCAAACCCCGAGGCAGCCCGAAGGGGCAGAGGCAGAGGACGGGGGGCAGGGAGACCAAGGAGACCCGCGCCAUGCCCAUGCCACUGGCAAAGACUGACUUUGAUGAUCGCAGCAUCGGUCGCGGCUUCCAGCCCCUGAUCGAGGAGGCGGUGGUUGGAUUACUGACGGCCACCGCGGCCGGGGCCCCGGUUCUCGCGACCCUCCCCCCGGGCCGGCCGUCCUACGCCGCCCCUCCGGAGUCCCCGGCCCCGGCCCCGGCCCCGGCCCCGGCCCGGGGCAUCCUGUCUCUCCGGUCGGCCGAACUCGCACAGCAGGUGGUCGCCAAGCUGGCGGCCUUCCGACGGCAGGCUCUGGAAGCCGAGCUCCGGCAGACGGCCACCGGGGCCCCGGUCGGGUCGGCUCUGCCCGCCUGCGGCGGGUCGGCCAUCCACCAGGCCCUGGCCCCGCUGGUGGCUCGGGACCCGGUGCUGCGGGUGCUGGAGGCCGUGCGCGACCGGCCCCCCCCGCAGGUGGACCUGCUGCUGGAGCUCGUCGACUGGACCCCGGCCGGCCAAUGGAUCCCCGAUGUGUGGGAGCUGUCCAGUCGUGAGGCCAUCCUGGCCGAGACAUUGCGCCUGCGCGGCCUGGGCAAUGCCCUCUUCCAGGCCGGGCGCUUUGGCCCGGCGGCGGCUGUCUACCACCAUGCACUUUGCUUCAUGGACCUGCAUUUUUCCAGCCUCUUCUCCAGCAGCGGGGCCUCGCGGGCGCAUGCCAGCUCCGCGGACGGUCGCGCCGCCGGGGCCGAGUCCCCCGGGCCGGCUGAAUGCCCGGCCUUUCUCCAGCGCACCCUUCGCUUGAACCAUGCGGCCUGCUCGUUGAAGCUGAAUCGCCCGCUGGAGGCGCUGUCCCAGCUGAAUCGCGUGCUGGCGCCCCAGCCGGGCGAGUGUCCCGCGGCGGGCCCCAAGCAGCGCGCAGGGUGCGACACCUGCCACCCGGCCCACCGGGCGAAUUCCCCCGACGGGGUGUAUUGCACGCAGGACCGAACCGAGCCCCAGUUCCGGAAGGCCCGGUACCGCCGGGCGCAGGCCCACUUUGCCCUGGGGGCCUAUGAUGAUGCGCUGGCCGACUUGAGCAAGAUCCCCGGGCCCGAGGCGAGCGGCCUGGAAAAGCAGAUUCACCGGGCGAUGAAACGGAACCGGGGCAUGUUCUCGUGACCUCCUCUGCAUGUUAUUAAUUGUAAUUUAUUAUCUCCCGGUAUAUGACUCAAAGGUUCUGG